AUGUCUCGCAUUGUGACAGCUUUCAAUAAAACGGUUGUGGAAUAUUUUCGAAAAACAAGUCUCAACGGCUUCGGCCUGCUGUAUUUCAUAAGAAAACGCAGAAUUCAAAGAAUAUUCUGGUUUUUGUUUAUUAGCUUCGGCAUAGUUUUCGCUAGUUAUGCAGUGUUCUCAAUGAUUCUGGAAUUCCUUAGCUAUUCAACAAUCGCAGAUGUCUCGGAAUUAAAAGUUUUGGAAGAUGAAAUAUAUUUUCCAGAGCUAAAAAUAUGUAGUGGUUAUAAGUUUAGUCACAGGAAAAUGUUAGCUUCUGCCUAUGACUUAGUUAAUUCUCAAAACAAAUCGCUUGAUUUCUGGCUACAAAAACUAUCAUUGCUUUCUGGAUACUUUGAUCCUUUGUCUGUGAAAGAAGAGUAUGUUGAUGAUAUUAAUUCUUUACUUGAUAUAAAGAAUAUUUCUUCCUUUUUACUUGGCUUAACACCAGCAUGUGAAUCUUUAAUACUCAGGUGUAAGGUGAAUAAUAUUUCUGCCAAUUGCUCGAAGUUAUUUACAUUAAAAGCAUAUAAUGAUGGAAUUUGUUGUGUCUUAAGGAGAGGUAAUCUAACUGGAGAACUCACCCUUUUUAUGGAUUCCUCUCAUAUAGAUGAAUAUCCUUUAAAUGGAAAUUUUCCUGGCUUUAGUUUGCAUGUUCCAAGUUGGCAGGGUAGAGUUAGUAUCAACCCUGGCGAAAUAGCAGCUGUGGAAAUAGAAGUUAUGGAACUUCAGGGAAAUUCUCAAUUAAACGAGUAUGCCAUAGAAAAGCGAGCUUGUUAUUUUUCUCAAGAGGGUGAAAGUAGGGAAAAGUGCCUUCAUGAGUGUAGAAUAAAAGCCACGUUAAUUAAUUGCCAGUGUGUGCCGUAUCCAUUCGAGUCUAGAAGCGAAAAGUUUGGGCAUUGCACUUUGGAGAAUAUAACAUGUCUGCAGUUGGUAGAAAGAAACUGGUCACCAGCUCAAUGUCCACAAUGUUUGCCGCUCUGCAAUCAACUUUUGUACAGAUUGCACAAACAAAUCCUUGGGCAUUUGCAUCCUUGGAGAAGUGAGUUGAAUUUUAAAUUUAAAGCGCCACAUCGACAGCUGUACAAAACAAAUAUACUCUAUCAUUGGUAUCAAAUGCUGUCAAACGUCGGCGGCGUUCUGGGCAUUUGCAUUGGCUGCUCCUUCAUCAGUGGCUUCGAGCUGAUCUACUUUCUGGUCUUUCGCCUGUGGUCCAACUAUCUUCGACAGCCCGAGACUUAA